GAUUCCUGCUGCUAGGAGGCCUCUUCCUCAGCCCCAUUACAGCAACGUGAACAUGGGUAUGAUGCUUCCCCCACGAGACUCGCCCGCCGAGCAAGUUCGCACUUUGAUGGCCCGUAAGGAGAACAUAGAAGCAGAGCUCGACGCGCAGCUGUCCAUUCUGCAAGCUAAUUCCUCCACCAUGAGCUCGCCCCUCGUUGACCCAGAAGGGUUUCCUCGCGCGGACAUUGAUGUAUGGGCCGUCCGGCAUGCGCGUGUGCGCAUCAUUGAGCUCCGGAACGAUCUCAGUGCGCUCAGGGACAUAAUCAUGGUCGCCCUGCAAAAUGUGUACGAUCCUGCGGCAGUCGUGAAGACGGAGCGGUCUCCUGCACAAGAAGCUCCAGCACCCACAGAUGGCGGUUCCUUGCGUCCGUUUGCAAAGGUGAACGGUGUGGCCCCAAAUAGCCCUGCUGCAGUCGCAGGUCUCAUAAGAGACGACCUCAUCCUCUCUUUCGGCUCAUUAGUACAUUCUUCCUUUACCGCAUCCUCCCUCCAGCCCUUGGCAGAGCUUGUCGCAGCACAAGAAGGGAGCGAACUCUCCGUGCAGGUGCUGCGAGCUCCAGGACAGACCGUCACAUUGACAUUUGUACCUCGGAGCGGCUGGGGAGGAAGAGGACUGCUAGGAUGUCCUACGUUCCGUCGGGAGCCAUCGGGCAACUCCUUCAAAAAUGCCCCCGCUUAUUUUCAUCAGUUCAACGCUUCUCUGGCGGCCGUUGCCUGCGGGAUCAUCAGCAUCCGCCAUCGCUCCACCAUGCUUUCCUUCCGCGGCGUGCAGGUGGCAAGCCUUCGUGUUCUGGAGGAAGUCACCGACAUCGCUGUAGUAAUCAGGGAUGUUAUUAACUUCCACCACGUUUGA